AUGCUGAAUGCUGUUCCUGUGUUUCCUAUCGCCACUACCAAGGUACAACCAUGCCUGGUGAUUACGGAUAUACCAUGCAUGCUUGCACCGAUCGCGGACAAGAAUCAUCCUGAUCUGCUGGAUGAAGGGGGCGCCCUGCCACGUAACGCCGAAGGUCAAGUUUCCCUGAAAGGACUGCAGCACAUCGGAGCCCGUGCACGCGACUUUCCGGAUCUGCACUCUGUGAAGGUGCCACCGGGGGGAUUCACAUCUGCGACCGCAUCGUCUGCAUUGGGGGCCCAACCCGUUCACAACGUGUACGCGGUCUAUGCCGCCGCGGAGCCUCCACCCGGCGUUCAAGCGCAGCUCGACUUCCGCACUCUACUUGGGCACCAUUCUGAUAUGGUUGAGAAGGAUCGUCAACUUCGAGCUGCACCUGACGCUGAGGGCGAUGUGACAGGGGCAAGCGACUGGUCGUCUUCCCCCAAGCGCAUCAGCGAGCUUGCGGAGAACACUCUCGCCUCUCUACACAAUCAAGGAUGGUACGCUAUCGACCUCUUCGAGGUUGUACUCGUGUUCUCGCUAUGGUUUCAGGCAGCUGGGCGAGAGGCAGCUGGGCGAGAGGCAGCUGGGCGAGAGGCAGCUGGGCGAGAGGCAGCUGGGCGAGAGUCUGCUGCGGGUGAGGCACAGGGGGUGGGAGGGGAGCGGGGGGGUGGGGCAGACGAGAUUCCACCUGAGCGCGAGAUUGCCGACUUGUCAACAAAGGAGCUUAUCGAUAUCUCCGGUCACCUCAUGGAAACUCUGAGGGUAGCAAUUGGAUCAACGGACGCCGCUGGCUGGACAAUGAUGUGCAUGCCUGAGUUUCUUGGAGACGAUGUGCUGUACUACAGUCAAUCAAUGGAAGGAGUAAUAGGCGGGGCGGUAGAUGACAUAGAGGAAGGUGUCGGCGAGGCUGCUCCGGUUUUGAGAAAAUUGGAGGACACCGUCAACCUUUACCACCAGAAGAAGGUGACAUUCACCACCGACUUGCUCGCCGCCGUGGACAACGACUCAUCCGAGCGCGCAUACCGUUUAGUCCAGGCAGGGGUCGGUUUUGGUGUGGCCGAACACUCCGUCACAGCGUUGCAGAUGGCGCUGUCUAGCGACUCUCUGACUAUCUGGGGGGGGGAGUUGGACAAGGAUGGAAAGCUACCUGGCUACGGGGUCUCCUUCAACUUCAAGCGGGAACGGUCGUUUGGUGAAUUCGGGCACUGCUACGACGGCCAGAGAGUAGGUGUUUGGCUAGGCCCAGACGGGCCGCACGAGGGCAACCACCAAGGGCACUGCCAAAUGAAGUAUGGCGGAGUGUCCCGGUGCCCCCAGCCCACGGGUGUCAACUGCAACGCUCACGAACAAAACCACUCGAAGAAGACCAAGCGCCUACCCAGCGUCAGCGGCAUGGGGUUCGACACAUUCACUUUUAACAUCAUCUUGAUCAACGAGUUGGAAAAUGUAAAAAUCAACCGCAAGACAUGGAUCGUGGCAGUCUCAAGUGCCACCGAACUCCUCUACGAACGUCUGCAUGCCUGCCGUAAGGAAGUGUGGACUUGCGGUCGCUGCUUCUGCAGCAAGCCUCUUAUGAGGUCGUUCGACCAGUUCGACCUCUUUCAAAUGGUGUAUGGUGUCCUGCGAGUUAUCGGCUACCGGCGCAAGCGAGGCACCUACCGGCAGCUGUCAUACGCCCAGGCGCUGAAGAGGGUGGGCUGCCAGAGCGUGGAGGCCACUGUCCGUCAACGGCGCGUGCUCUUUGCGGGGGCCGUGGCAAGACAGCCGGACGGGCGGCUUCCGAAACGGCUGAUGUUCGGCGAGUUGGUGGGAGGGGAGAACCCGGGCCGGGGAAGCCCGGAGCAGAACUGGCUGAUAUGCCUGAAGGACGACCUGAAGAUGUUCGAAGCCAGACACGGCUCCACGCCCGACAAGCGGAGCUUCUUCGGAAUCCCGAAGCCAGACUGGGACGAGGCGGCGAAGGUGGAGGGGGGGGUACCGUGGCACGCGGGGGUGCUACAGGGAGCUGAGAGGUUUAUGGCCUCUUGGCACAAGGGCGAGGAGAAGGCCAGCCGACAACGAGCCAUCAAACGAGGAGACAGCGGGCCCAAAAAUAGUCUAGAUACGGCACCAAUCAACGGGGCGGGAGGGGGGCGGGAGGAAACGGGGCGGGAAGAAAGCAAGCGAGAAGAGACCGACCGCGUGACGUGACAUGUUGCGGUUGAAUUUCAGCGACUAGUUUCUCUGUUGCCCUCCCCCCCGUUUGCUGUCGCGCGCAGACUGUCUCUACGGAUAUCCCUGUCUCUGUGCGAGUUUGUUCAUGUCCUCGUCUGUCUUUGGUUUAUUUCGUUUUAUUUUGUUUUGUUUUUUUACUCGCACGUACUGCUGACCCUUGGUGUCCUUCCGGAAGGCUACCCCCCAGGCUGGUGGUGCGCACGUUCCACUAUUUAGUUAUUUAUUUGUUUCUGAUUCUUUUGUUUUCUUGUAUUUUAUC